AGAAGUGGAACACAGUUUCCAGGCUAAACAACAAAAUACGCUUAAACCAUGGAGUCCAACCAGGAAUCCUCGCUCUUCCUGGUGAAGAUAUUGGAGGAGCUGGACACGAAGCAGAAUACUGUUUCUUACCAGGAUCUCUGCAAGUCCCUGUGUGCAAGGUUUGAUUUAUCCCAGCUGGCCAAGCUCAGAAGUGUGCUGUUUUACACUGCUUGCUUGGAUCCUAAUUUCCCAGCGACUUUGUUCAAAGACAAAAUGAGAUGCACUGUAAACAAUCAGCAAUCAAAGAAAAUCAUGGUUGCAGCAGAUAUAGUAACAAUAUUCAACCUCAUACAAAUGAAUGGGGGAGUGGCCAAGGAGAAGCUUCCAGUAGCAAGGCAGAAAGUGAAGAAGAAGGAGUCCUUCGAGUCCUGUAGGUCUGACACGGAAAUCUGCAAUAUGGCAGACUGUGUGCCUGACUGUGUGCCCAACUGUGAGCUGAGCGACCAGGACUUUAACCGGGGCUUUCCAGUCAGAAGGUCUUCAAAAUGCAGAAAGAUGGACUGCAAAGACUGCCAACAGUUUGUCCCCUCAUCAGAGCCUAACUUUUUGCUUGGUGUUAACAAGGACAUGAAGGGCCGUGCUGCCUCUCUGGACAGGCUGCAGGCACUGGCAUCCUACUCCAUCGCCACGUCCCCACCGUGUGAGAUGCAGAGUACAUACUUUCCUAUGAACAUUGAAAAUGAAUCUAUUUCAGACCAGGAUUCCUUGCCUAUAAGUGCAGGCAUAAAAGAGACUUUCAUUUCAAAUGACGAGCCGUUCAUGAUGCAGUCAUGUGUCCAGAAAAGAAAUAUAUUCAAAGAAGAUUUUCAUAAUCUGCUUACAAUAUCUCCCAACUUAAUACCAUCCAACAAAACACCAGAAGAUGGACACAGAGAGCCUCAGAACAGGAAAGAAAGCUCUAAGCAGACUUUCUUCAACCACAGCUUCGAAAUGCCAUACAGCAGCCAGUACUUGAAUCCAGUUUAUUCUCCUAUACCAGACAAAAGACGAGCAAAGCAUGAAAGUUUAGAUGAUCUUCAAGCUUCAACAUAUUUUGGCCCAACUACUGUUCUUGGGCCCCAGGACACCAAAAAGUGGACUGGAAAGCCAGCCAAGCAAACUGCCUGGCCAGCUAAAAGCUGGAGUUUGAAUACUGAGGAGGUCCCUGACUUUGAGCGAUCAUUUUUCAAUAGGAAGCCGUCUGAAGACAAGCCACGAUACCAGAGCUCGAGCAACCCGUCUCCAAACUUCCCUUCAGUUGACAGACAUCAGGCCUACCUAAACACUAAGGAUCAGCAACCAAUUAUGCAGGCAAACUAUUCUGUGAAACCCAAUGGGCAUAAAGCCAAGGAAAUUCCUUCCAUUCUAGAUGUGGAGAAACACGAGCCAGUCAAAAAGUUUAAAGAUAAAAGCAUUAAUUGUACUUCUGUCCAGAUCUUAAGCAUUGACAGGACCAUGAGUGUUGGGACACAAACAGAGCAGCAAGUUUUAGACCACAAGAAAUGCAAGGAUUUGUGUGCAGUGGGUCAAGGCAAGUAUGGCGAGCGUCACUCUCUUAAGCAGUCAGACGAUGACUCUGAAAUCGUCAGUGAUGACAUCAGUGACAUUUUCCGGUUUUUGGAUGACAUGAGUAUCAGUGGCUCCACAGGAGUGAUGCAGUCUUCAUGUUACAACAGCACUGGUUCCUUGUCUCAGGUGCAUAAAUCAGACUGUGAGAGCUCACCUGAGCACAAUUUGACUAAGAUCUCCAAUGGGAGUGCCUGUAACAAAUUGGAUAAAGUGGUCCGUGCAGAUAUCAGUAACACGGAUGAUGAACUGAAAACGAGUGUCUGCAAAUUAGUCUUGAGGAUUGGUGAAAUAGAGAAGAAACUGGAAUCUCUCUCAGGCGUUCGAGAAGAAAUCUCUCAAGUCCUGGGAAAAUUAAGCAAACUGGAUCAAAAAAUCCAGCAGCCAGAGAAGGUCAGCGUACAAAUAGAUCUCAAUUCUUUGACGAGUGAGGCUGCCUCAGAUGAGAGUAACUCCCCACAGAUAUUUCAGUGCCACAAUACUCCUCAUGGAGGCAAACUGGAGAAUAAUCCAGAAUGGUGCUGUUCGGAUGCCAGUGGAAGUAAUAGUGAGAGUCUUCGAGUAAAAGCCUUAAAAAAAAGCUUGUUUACUAGGAGGUCAUCAAGAUCAUUAACAGAAGAAAACAGUGCAACUGAAUCCAAAAUAGCAAGUAUUUCAAACUCUCCCCGAGACUGGAGAGCUAUUACUUACACCAACCAAGUUGGCAUUACAGAGGAGGAGAUGAAAGAGAGAGAUGGAGGAGAAAAUAAGGACUGGCACAGGAAAUCUAAAGAGGCAGACAGGCAAUACGAAAUCCCACAGCCACAUAGACACUCUAAACAACCAAAAGACGCUUUCUUGAUUGAACAAGUCUUUAGUCCUCAUCCCUACCCUGCAUCACUCAAGUCACACAUGAAAAGCAACCCACUCUACACAGACAUGAGGUUGACAGAGCUGGCUGAAGUGAAACGUGCGCAGCCAUCGUGGACCAUAGAGGAAUACACGAGGAAUUCGGGGGAUAAAGGCAAGAUUGCGGCAUUGGAUCUACAAACUCAAGAAUCAUUAAACCCAAACAACUUAGAAUACUGGAUGGAAGACAUUUAUACUCCUGGCUAUGAUUCCUUAUUAAAACGGAAAGAAGCCGAGUUCAGAAGAGCAAAGGUUUGCAAGAUUGCUGCCCUGAUCGCAGCAGCAGCUUGUACAGUUAUUCUGGUCAUUGUAGUUCCCAUUUGUACAAUGAAAUCCUGAACCUGUGGACAGACCUGUGACUCCCAGCCGCAUGUCUCAGAUAGCUCACGCUGUGUGUCAAACGUCUGAUGGCAAAACUGUAAGGAAUUUGCUAAGGAAGAAUGUUCUGAGGAUAUCCUGAUGGAGAAUGCUGUAAAUGAAGGCAAAACACAAACCAACUAGAGAAACAUUUUUGGAAAAGUCUUAUUUUAAAUAACAGACUGUGUGAUGGAGUUAAUGGGAACUCGGUUCGAUUUUUAUGCAUUUUUAAAAGUGCAAUAUUUUUUUUCCUAAAGAAGUGAUCUAAUGUUUUACAGAAUCAGAGACUGAUGAGAAUCCAGGCAAAAGAGGAAGAUUGUCUGAGCUAUGUUGCAUUUAACAGAGGUGAGGGCACAUGGAGGUAGCACUGUAUAGAAGGGAAUGUUCUAUAUGCAUUACACUGGGGAGCUAGGAAAGUCUUAAAAGCUCUCUACAAUGUAGAAAACUCUGAAUGUAUUGUAUUUAUUUUAUAGUAUUUGUGUAUUUCAUGCUCAUUUAAUUGAAAGCAGACUGUGUAGCUGUGAACAGAGUUCAUUCCUAUGUUCAGAUUAAAAAGGGCUCUUUGUAUUUGGUCUUGCCCUAAGACCCACUCUAUCAUCACUGAGUACUUUGGUAAGUGCAAUGUGCUGCAGACCAAAAAGAUUAUGUUUUAAAGCAA